AUGAUUAAGAAAUAUUUAUCCAUGACCGAUACAUUACGAAGACGUCUAGAGGCGCGAGUGUAACCGUAAUCGUAGAGUCUUUGUUUCUGAACUCAACCCAAGCCUUGAACCUCUCUCCACUGCUAAGAUUCACAUCUUUAAACGACCAAACUUUCCUUUUCCCGACUCUUGUCUGAACCCAGUAACCAGCUUUCUCAGCGACAAGAGAAUAUCGAAUUCGAUAGCCAAGAUGUGGUUCUCUGGCUUUCCAUCGUUGGUUUUGUUGAGGAUUCCGAGAUAUCCGCCAUCUGAAGCACCGGAGUUAUCAGCUUCCGGGGUUAUGAUGAAGGCGAAACCUUGA